UUUUUGCUUUGUGCCGUGUUUGCUGCGCGCUUCCCAGCAGAAAGACACCGACCCGACCCGCUAGUGCGACAAAGACUCUUGACCGAGAAUCGCUUCCUUUUAACCCCGCGCCGCCGCUGUCUGUGGCGCCUGCUCUUGUGAUGGCUGACAAGAACGAGUCAGGUGUUUUCAAGGGAUCCAAACGUCCCAGCGCCGACGAAUCCCCCGGAUCCCCCACCCAGAAGCGCUUCAAGGGCUCCGACUCUGCGCCGCCAUCCAAGGCCGACAGCUACAAUCCCUACCUAGCACACAUGUACGAAAACGACCGCAAUGGGGCCAACUCGCCCGCGUCCCUCGUUGCUGGCCUGAAGCGCCACGCGACGACGGCCGAACAGGCUGUGAAGCUCGAGGAAGCCGAUCGCAACGCCUUCACGGGCGGCGAACACAGCGAGAGAUACUUCAAGAUCCUCAGGACGCGCCGCGACCUGCCCGUCCAGCAGCACCGCCAGGAGUUCCUCGAUGUUUACCACAGCACCCAGAUCAUGGUGUUCGUCGGUGAGACGGGUUCUGGAAAGACGACGCAGAUCCCGCAGUACGUGCUGUACGACGAGCUCCCCCAGCUCAACAAUAAGAUGGUGGCAUGCACGCAGCCCCGCCGUGUCGCCGCCACGUCGGUCGCGCAACGUGUCGCAGACGAGCUGGACGUCGAGCUCGGCCAGGAGGUCGGCUACAGCAUUCGUUUCGAGAACAGGACGGGCCCCAACACCAUCCUGAAGUACAUGACGGAUGGACAGCUGCUUCGCGAGACCAUCCACGACCCAGACAUGUCCCGCUACAGCUGCAUCAUUAUCGAUGAAGCCCACGAGAGAACGCUUGCAACAGAUAUUCUGAUGGCACUGCUAAAGCAGCUGUCCCAGCGGCGCAAGGACAUCAAGAUCAUCAUCAUGUCGGCCACCCUUGACGCCGCCAAGUUCCAGCGGUACUUUUACGAUGCGCCCAUUCUGGCCGUGCCCGGCCGAACGCACCCUGUCGAGAUCUUCUACACGGCCGAGGCCGAGCGUGACUACAUCGAGGCGUCGGUACGGACCGUCCUGCAGAUCCACGCGACGGAGGGCAAGGGUGAUAUCCUGCUGUUCUUGACAGGCGAGGAGGAGAUCGAGGACGUCUGUCGCAAGGUGCGCCUAGAGGUGGACGAGCUGAUCAGGGACGCCGGCUGCGGGCCCAUGACGGUCUAUCCUCUAUACGGAACGCUCCCUCCGAACCAGCAGCAGAGGAUCUUCGACGACGCUCCGCCGCCGCUCCGUAAGGGCGGAGCUCCCGGACGGAAGUGCAUUGUGGCGACAAACAUUGCGGAGACCAGUUUGACCAUCGACGGUAUCGUCUAUGUCGUGGACCCUGGUUUCAGCAAGCAAAAGAUUUACAACGCGCGCAUCCGCGUCGAGUCGCUCCUUGUCACUCCCAUCUCGAGAGCGUCGGCGCAGCAGCGAGCUGGUCGUGCCGGUCGUACGCAGCCAGGAAAGUGCUUCAGGCUGUACACGGAGGCGGCCUACAAAAAGGAGCUCAUCGAACAGACCUACCCCGAAAUCCUUCGGUCUAACCUUAGCAACACGAUUCUAGAGCUCAAAAAGCUCGGCGUGGACGAUCUGGUCCAUUUUGACUUUAUGGAUCCGCCAGCGCCCGAGACCAUGAUGAGGGCUCUCGAGGAGCUGAAUUACCUGGCAUGUCUGAACGACGAUGGAGACCUGACAUCGCUCGGCCACAUGGCCUCAGAGUACCCGCUAGAUCCUGCCCUAGCCGUGAUGUUGGUGUCGUCACCCGAGUUCUUCUGCUCCAACGAGAUGCUCUCCAUAACGUCGCUGCUGUCGGUGCCACAGGUUUUCAUGAGGCCGACCAGCAAUCGCAAGAGGGCAGACGAGAUGAAGGAGCAUUUCAAGCAUGAUGAGGGAGAUCACCUGACACUGCUCAACGCGUACCAUGCUUUCAAGGGCGAGAUGAGCAAAGGGACUGACAUGAAGAAGUGGUGCCGCGAGCAUUUCCUCUCGCUCCGGCACCUGAGCAGCGCCGACAACGUGCGGGCGCAGCUCAAGGGGAUCAUGGAGCGCCAGGAACUCGAGCUCGUGAGCACGUCCUUCUCGGACAAGAACUACUACACCAACAUCCGCAAGUGCCUGGUUGCGGGCUUCUUCAUGCAGGUUGCACUUCGCGAGUCCUCAAGCGGCAAGAUCUACCACACCAUCAAGGAUAACCAGAUCGUGAUGUUGCAUCCCAGCACCGUCCUGACCACCGAGUACGACUGGGUCCUGUACCACGAAUUUGUGCUCACCUCCAAGCAGUACAUCCGAACAGUGACUUGGAUCAAACCCGAGUGGCUUUUGGAUAUCGCUCCGGCCUAUUACGACCUCGCCAACUUUGAGGACGACAGGGCAAAGCAGGCGCUCAAGCGCGUCGCUGAGACGAUCAAGAGGAAGAAGGCCACGCGGUCCCAGGCUGGCGGCUCCUCCAAGUAUUAGAGUUUUGCUUCUUUUUCCUUGUAGUCCCACCGUUACGGGGCCGACAAAGGGGGGGCGUGGCCGCAUGCGGGUUUGCCGCCGGCAAAAUUUGCAUUUCAUGGACGCUGUCCGAUGGCAGGGUGCUGGAGCGGUCUGGCUGUUUGUACCCCGAGGUACCUUGACCACCUUGACUCCUGCGGAGGUACCCAAGCGCCACACGCGCAGGAUAACAUUUCCUAUCAAGUCGAGACGCGCCGAGGCCCGGAACGGGGCAGCACGGCGAAGCUAGCGGCAUUUGAUACCAUAGCUCAGCUUUACAAUGACGAGGAUCAAGAUGUAUUAUUGG